AUAAUCACACCAUAUAGGUGCUAGUGUAGACAGCACCGGUAUGUUAGCAGUACGUGAUUGAGGUUGUACGCGAAUUGUUUAAGCGGUACUUUUGACACAUACUGAUUCAUUUUUUUUUGAAAAAUCAUUUUAAAUUUUUUCGAAGAUAUUUAAUAUAUACACAACAUUAAAUUAAUCAAUAGUAAACAAGAAAUAUUGUUUUAUCCUUUAUUACUUAAGAACUGGUGGUCAAAAUGGCGGAAAAGAAUGACUCGCCGGGUUCCACCUCAAUUCCUACCGGACAGGAAAGUCAACAACUGCUUUCAAGUUUCAUAACCGAAAUCGUAAAGAGUCCAAUAAAUCUUGUUUUAGUAGGCGUAAUUGCCAUUUUGGUUUACAAAAUUGUUAAAAGCAAGACGAAAAUAGAAGAACCUGUAAAAGAAGAGGUAAAGAAAGUGACAAAAUUGCGUGAUUUUACUCUUGAAGAGUUAAAUAAGUAUAAUGGUAAGGGACCAGAUGGACGAAUAUUAAUUGCUAUAAACGGUAGUGUUUUCGACUGUACUCGUGGUGCUCACUUUUAUGGUCCUGGUGGUCCAUAUGAAGUAUUUGGUGGAAAAGAUAUUAGUAGAGCCUUAGCAAAAUUUUCAUUGGAAACAUCACAAGAAUAUGAUGACCUAAGUGAUUUAAACACUACAGAAAUGGAAUCUAUAAGGGAGUGGUAUGAACAAUUUAAAGAAAGAUAUGAUUAUGUGGGAAAAUUGUUGAAACCUGGUGAAGCACCUACAAAUUAUUCAGAUGAAGAAGAUGAAGGUAGUCAACUAGAAAAUGAAGCAAAGUCCAAACAUGAUUAAUUGCUUGAUUGUAUAUUAAAUGCCAUUAUAUAUCAAAGGAUAUUGCGCACACACCAUUAAAGAAACUCUUAAAAUCGUGGCUCAUAAAUAUAUUUAUGGACAU